GGCUUAUAAAAUGGUUGCAGUUUGGACUAACACUUCUCUGUAGGGGCAGUCACUGAGCUGUAACAUUGUCCCCUGCCUGGAGGAUGCCAAGAACCUGCCCUGAAUCACGUUGAGGAAACAAGAAAAGGCGAGGCAUUAUCCUCAUGCUAGAAGGGGUCGGGGAGGAGACUAAGAAAUUUCUAGAAGUUUCUGGAAAUUCCUGGAAGAACCCAGCAGUUUGUAGUAGAGAAGGCUACAAGCCCAACAGGAACUGCACCUGUUGUUGGAGGAACCCAAGAAGAUUAAAGCCUCGUUUUCCUCCUUUCUUGAUUUCUAGUGUCUCCCGAGAGUUGCGUUGGGUGACUCCAACAGGUGGGGCAGAGGAUAAUAGAGUCAGUGGGUGCAGCCAUAAGUGUUGGCGCUUCUCAUCGACCUAACCCCCGUUCGCGAGGCCCACUUGGGCUGAAAGAGGGCCUCCGUGGAGGAGCCACCGGAGUGUAUCCAGACCCCCUUGCUCUGCGACCUGAACAGGCCACUCUUGCACCCGGCUCCCUAGGUCCAAUUGCAGCGCCGGCGCGCCGGCCGGGCUCAGCCCUAGCAACCCACGCCCGGUUGCCAUGGAGACGUCGGCACCUGCGCAGCCCAAGACCCCCGAGCGGCGGUGCGGGAGCCAGUGCGCAGGCGCGCGCUGCGACGCCAACCUCGGCUUCUUGCAGCUAACAGCAUCGAGCCUGGACGCCGCGUGACCCGCCUGGGCCGGAGCGGGGGCGGACGGCGCCUUCUUGGCCCUUUCUGCCUCUAGCAGCGGCGCCGGGGUAGCCGGAGCCAGCGAGUGGGAAACGGCUGCAUUCCGCUGCGUCUCCUUGGCCUGGCUGGGCGGUCGGAGGCUGGUCUGCCAAGAUUACUGUUUGGAGACCGCUGCAGCCCACGUCCACCUGAUAGACUAUUUACUACACGUAGUAGGGUCAGAGCCGCUAAAUGUCCAAGACCAUGGCGAUGAACCUUCUGGAGGAUUGGUGCAGGGGAAUGGAAGUGGACAUCCACAGGUCCUUAUUGGUCACAGGCAUCCCAGAGGACUGUGGGCAGGCAGAAAUUGAGGAGACCUUGAAUGGGGUCCUCUCCCCACUGGGCCCGUACCGCGUGCUCAACAAGAUUUUUGUGAGGGAAGAGAAUGUUAAAGCUGCCCUCAUUGAGGUUGGUGAAGGUGUGAAUCUGAGCACCAUCCCCCGUGAAUUCCCAGGAAGGGGUGGUGUCUGGAGAGUGGUCUGUAGAGACCCUACCCAGGAUGCUGAGUUUUUAAAAAAUCUGAAUGAAUUCCUGGAUGCCGAGGGGCGCACCUGGGAGGAUGUGGUCCGCCUGCUCCAGCUCAACCACCCCACCCUGUCCCAGAACCAGCAUCAGCCCCCAGAGAACUGGGCAGAAGCUCUGGGGGUGCUUCUGGGAGCAGUGGUGCAGAUCAUCUUCUGCAUGGAUGCCGAGAUCCGCAGCCGAGAGGAAGCCAGGGCCCAGGAGGCCGCUGAAUUCGAGGAGAUGGCAGCCUGGGCUUUAGCAGCAGGGAGGAAGGUGAAGAAAGAACCGGGGCUUGCAGCAGAGGUGGGUUCUGCCUUAAAGGCAGAGACCCCCAACAACUGGAAUGCCACGGAAGACCAGCAUGACCCUACCAAACCUUUGGUUCGCAGGGCUGGAGCUAAGUCUCGCUCCAGGAGAAAGAAGCAGAAGAAGAACUCCAGGCAGGAAGCAGUGCCCUGGAAAAAACCCAAAGGCAUCAAUUCCAACAGCACAGCUAACUUGGAGGAUCCUGAGGUGGGUGAUGCUGAAAGCAUGGCGAUCUCAGAGCCGAUCAAGGGCAGCAGAAAGCCCUGUGUGAAGCAGGAGGAGUUGGCUUUGAAGAAGCCCAUGGCGAAAUGUGCCUGGAAGGGUCCCAGAGAGCCACCUCAGGAUGCCCGGGCAGAAGCCGAGAGCCCAGGAGGCGCCUCUGAGUCAGACCAAGAUGGUGGCCAUGAAAGCCCGCCAAAGAAGAAGGCCAUGGCCUGGGUGUCUGCCAAGAACCCCGCUCCCAUGAGGAAGAAGAAGAAGGUGAGCUUGGGCCCUGUCUCUUACGUCUUGGUUGACUCAGAAGAUGGCAGGAAGAAGCCGGUGAUGCCAAAGAAAGGGACAGGCUCAAGAAGGGAGGCAUCAGUUCAGAAGGCCCCUCGGGGCCAGCAGCCUGCCGAGGCAACAGCCUCAACCUCUAGGGGUCCGAAGGCCAAGCCAGAAGGCUCUCCUCGGCGUGCCACCAAUGAAUCCAGAAAGGUUUGAUCUGGGGACCACCCAUACUGAGGAGUUGAAAGAACAAGGAAGAAGUUCCAAGUCAACCAAGUUUUCUCUUGUCACUGAAUAAGACUUUGGACUCUCUUAGGGCCGCUGUUGAUAGAGAUCUGGCUCUGAGGUAAACGAUAGGUGAGGUCUUGGGUGGGAGGGAGUUGGGGAAGGGAGGUGGAUCUCUAUGCCCUUUUCUCUACCAGGCCUGCCGUUUCACCGCCUUCUCUACUCACCUUCUCUUCGGAGGCAGGAGAGUUGGUAAGAGGAUUGGGAAAAUUCUAGAACAUUCAUUCCCCUUUAUGCAUGAGCAGGGUCACUGUUAACACUCAUCCAUGUUCAGCUUUUCUCCCCCACGCCUCGCUCCCUCCUCGGAAUGGUCAGCGACCUCUGCAGGCCCUGGCAUUUGGAAGAGCUGGGUGGCCCUGCCAUAUUCUCCCUCCCGCCUUCCUCUCGUGUAACCAGCGGGGUAAGUUAAGCCAGGACCUUCGCUGCAAACCUGGUUUCAUUGCUCCUUCAGUCUCCAGCUUCCAUCCUCCAGUUAUCUAGCCAGGAGGUCCCAAGAGUUAGUUUUAGGGAAAAAGAAUGUCUGCCUAGACCUCAAAGUCUUUGAGUUUUAGAGUCUGUUAGUAAAAAUGGCACUUUGAUUCCCAUUUGGGAUGAGCCCUCUCAGGAAUCGUGUGGGGAAGGGGGGUGAUUAUAGGGAAAGACGCAGGCAUUCCUAGGUCCCCAGCUCUAAUUCCAUCCAUCUACCCAACUGUCACCAUCUUUGCACCAAACUGUCACCAUCUUUGCAGCAGCAGGUCACUACUCACAUUAUAGUAAGACGGGAAAAAAAUCUUUUAAAACUUGGUUGUUGGCCGGGCGCGGUGGCUCACGCCUGUAAUCCCAGCACUUUGGGAGGCCGAGGCAGGUCGAUCACGAGGUCAGGAGUUUAAGACCAGCUUGACCAACAUGGUGAAACCCCAUCUCUACAAAAAUUAGCUGGGUGUGGUGGCGCGCGCCUGUAAUCCCAGCUACUCAGGAGGCUGAGGCAGAUGAAUUGCUUGAAUCCAGGAGGCAGAGGUUGCAAUGAGCCGAGAUUGUGCCACGGCACUCCAGCCUGGGCAGCAGAGUGAGACUCUCUCUCAAAAAAAAAAUCAAAACUUGGCUGUUAAUGUCUGCCCUCUGAAUUCAGACACACUGUAUUAGACCAGACCACCAUGUGUGAUUGUGUGUGUGUGUGUGUGUGUUUGCGUGCGCAUGUGUAGAGGAGAGAGCAGGGUCCCUGAGAUAAUGGUUUCCAAACUGUAUCGUAGCCGUCCACAAAGAUGUAAUCCGAAUCUAUUUUUCUCACGUGUUUAAAAAACUGAAAAGUGACUACUCAGAUAUGUUGGAAGUCACAUCGAAGACUAUCAGAAUAUUACCUUGUGUUCAUAGGUUAACUUGUUUUUGUACACGUCUUAGUUAUUUCAGGCAUCUCUUUGCUUAAAAUUGAGUUUCUUGUAAAUGUGACUGAUGAGCAAGGUUAGAAGUGGAAGAAAUUCCUGUGCAUGUUCUAUAAUCUGACACCCUGAAAGCAAGUUUCCUUUCGUCAUUCACAUGCUCUUGUUCUGCCGUGACUGUUCAGGUGUAUGGUAGUAAGUAAAUGUAUUAACAUGGUGAACAGUAGUAAUAUUCUAUCAUAGAGUAUUAGCCCUUGCAAGUUUUCAGGGCGUCUUUUCUGACUUCAGUUUUUGUGAUAAAGAAUGUGAACAGUUGUUAGAUGUUCUCAGUGAUUCAACUUUAAAACAAAUUUCUCGUGAUGAUUCAUUUCAAAAUCCUGAGUGAGUCUGACUGAAAAAUAGGAGAGAAAAGAGAGUGGUUUCCGUUUGCAGCUGCACAGCUGUGUGCAUCGACGUUCUCCUGGGGUGUGUGCCAAGCGAAACCCAGGGGUGAAUUGGGUUCUUGAAGAGACCAAAGCCUGUAACUGUCCAGCUUCUAAUUUCAAAACGGGUCCAUUAGGGCUUCGUUGUGUUAACAAGUUGACACCAUGACUAGUAAAUGUAAACGUGUAUGUAUAAAAUAAAGUUUAGCAAAUUAA